UGCUGAGUGGUCUUAAGACAAAUGUUUAUUUAUUUUUUCAUUCCUAGAUAGUUAGAGAUUAUUAACAAGUUUGUUUUUAUUGUGUAUUGCAAUGUUAUUUAAAUUAUGUUCAAAUAUUGAAAAUUUAAAUUUGCUAAUAAAAUCCAGACAUUUAUUCUGGAAGUUUUCAAAAUGUUUCUUUAGUAGUUAAAAAAAUAUUUGAAUCAAACGGGGUAUCACCUGAACCAAUACAUAUGAAAGUUAGUAUUGUAUGUAUGUAGUAUGUAAAUCAAUAGAAAUGUAUUUUGCAUUGAUCAUUUAGCCUAUCAAUUAAUUAGGUUCAUAUUUGUGAGAAAUGUAGCCCUGACACACGUUCACCCAAUCUGUUUGGUCUUAUUAAUGUCCCAGCCCCAGCAAAAAGUAUACGUGCAGAUCAUGCUGUCCCCACCAAUGUUGAGAUCAAAACUACGCCCUUGUUUUAAACAAUGUUUGGUCUUAUUAAUAUAAAAAGCAAAAGUGUAUACGCAGGUUAUAUUGUCCCUAUAUGUUGAAACCAAACCUUCGCCCUUGAAUGUAGCCCUGACCCCCGUUUAAUAAUGUUUGGUCUUUUUAAUGUCUUGCUCCCAGCAAAAAGUGUACAUCCAAACCUACACUCUUGAUGCAUACACUAUGCGAGUGGAGAGCCAAUGAAAUAAUCGCUGAUGAAUAGGUGAGAGCAUCCGAUUGGCUCAAAUCUUCACACCCACUGACCACACCUGCACCUUUAAAAAAAAUCCCCCAACCUGGUGGCGCGGUUUACAAACAUCAUUUUGCAGUGGGGAUCUGUUGUGGUGGUCUGAUCUUUAUCGUGUUUUUUAAUGGACUUAAUCGCUUCACUGUUUGCAUGUAAACUGUUUUGAACUUGUACAAUAUUUCCCCGUCUAUUUGUAAUUAAAAAAUGGCAGAAUGGAAGACGCAGAUAAACUACGACUACAAUCCGUCCUAUCACGCCUUCGCCUACGGUCUUGUUUAUCAGUCCGGGCACGAACAGAACUGCCAUGUGGCCGGCUGGGGCGAAACGGCAGCCCCCGAGUAUAAUAAUUACGCACCUGGGAUGACGCAAGUCUACUACGCCGCUACCGCUUCGAGGACACGCGAAGCGUCUCUGCCUCAUAGUCCCGAGCAGCACGUCGCCAACGCUCACUGCCGUUACCAGGGUUCCGGUCUCGUCUACGUAGAGGAGAGUCAAGCCGGCCACCUGGUUCUCGCUGGAACUCCCCGAGCCACCUACGAUUCGCCCGCCGAGACGAGCAGGAGGACCGGCGGGGGCGGCAGCGACUCUACGAGUGACUCGGAGGCUCACGCUUCUCCUGAUUCCUGGAGUUUUAGUAGCGGCCGAGAAAAUAGUCUUCCACAGGUCGACCCCGCUUUGUGGGUGAAGCCCGAACAAAGCGACGAUGCAAACAGCAGCGGCCCGGAAGCUGGAGACCAUGUUUCCAGCUCGCUCAUGGUGGAGCUGUCCUCCUACACCGACGCUAGCGGCCAGAACGCUGACGCUGCCGUCUCUCUCCAAGCGCCAUUACCGGCCGAUAAGAAACCUAGCACGAACCUGAACGGAAAGGGACGCGUUUCCUUUUCGGAGGACCAGAUGAACUUUCUUGUCCAGCGUUUCAGCGUGCAGAGAUACCUUACCCCGGCCGAGAUGAAAAACGUGGCUGAAAUGACAGGGCUUACCUACAAACAGGUUAAAACGUGGUUUCAAAAUCGAAGGAUGAAGCUGAGGAGACACCAGAAAGACAACAACUGGGUGUCGGAGCGUUACAACAAAAGCCGCACUCAAGCCAGCUCUGUUAGCGGAAGUGUAAUCAGUCACGUUCCACGCUAUCAAGUGAUGGCUCAAAGACCAGCCUUCACCGAGCGCUACAAUCAUCCCAUGAUGGAUACGGCUUUUAAGAAGACAACUCUACAGAACCUGGCUUUUUAUCUGGCCUCUAUGGGCAACACCGCCGGAUCGACUCCAUUUCCCACAUGGUCUUCCGGCAUGCCCGCUAGGCCCCAGGCAGGUAGCGUGUCUGCGCCUCCAGGGAUCAACCAGUAUGAAUAUAAUUCCAGUGUUUUCCACUCAACUGGGCCAGACGGCAGCUUUGAGGACAGAAAUGCAGUGUCUGUCAUCAACCAAAAUCCAUCCGUGAUUGUACAUGACAUAAGCCAGUAGGACACUUCUGUUGUGUACAUUUUCUCCAAAGCUUUUUUUCAAGUGGGUUGUAUAUUAUUCAUACUUGUUCAAAAAUAUAUUGCCUUCAACACUGAGUUUUAUUUUUAUACACGACUAUUUAAUGUUUGUUGGUGAGCUCUUUGAUUUUUUUUUUUUUUUGCCAGCAUGCAUUUAUUGCAUUGUUAUUUUUUUUUAAGUGUUUGAAGGUGAAUGUGCACAAUUUUUCCUCUUUAUAAAUACAUUG